AUGGCACUGAACAAUGAAACUGUAAAGAAUAAGUAUCUGGUUCCAUUGGUGCAGGAUUUGAUGGACAGGUUGAGUAAGGCAUGCUGGUUCACAAAACUUGAUCUUAGGGCAGGUUAUUUGCAACUUAGGAUAGCACAAGAUGAUAUUGUCAUUUAUAGUCGAACAUUGGAUGAACAUGUUAAUCACUUAAGUUUGGAACCUCGUCAUGUGAAGGAUUUAAGGUCAUUUCUUGGCUUGGCUAACUAUUACAGAAAAUUCAAUGUUGGUUACUCAAAAAGGGCAGCGACUUUGACAGACAUGUCAAAGAAGGAUACGAAGUGCCUGUGGUCUGAACAAUGUGAUGAAGCAUUUCACAAUUUGAAGGAACCUAUUGCAUUUGAACAAAUACUCAAAUUACCUGAUUUUGAGUUACCAUUUGAUGUGCACACUGACGUGUGA